UCAAUCAGAUCACAGCCCUUGAUCUUACUGAUAUGCACGUGCAUCAAAUUUCAUGUCUUGAUCAACUCGUUAAUCUCAAGUGGGCGUGUUUCCGAGGCAACGCACUAACUGAUAUACAGGGUAUUGAAUCUUGUCAUAAGCUAGAAGAGCUGACACUGGAUGAUAAUUAUCUUCAAAACUGUUUGUCUCUUCAUCGGUUUCCUCACCUGAGGUGGCUCUCUCUAGAGAAUAAUCACUUGACCUCUCUACCUCUCUCCUCCUCUCCUCUUCCUCAACUAACUUACAUUAACAUCAGUAGAAACUACAUCAGAGACAUCACUGGCAUUGAAACACUAACUUCACUUCAAGAGUUUUAUGCUAGUCAUAAUUACUUGGAAAAUCUUAGGCAAUUAUUUUCAUUAAAGCCUUUGGUUCAUUUGGUGGCAAUAGAUUUGACUUGCAAUCCACUGGCUAGUCAUUCAGCUCAUUAUCGGUUGUUUUGUAUUUAUCACUUCCCAACUAUAAAAGCAAUUGAUGCAAGAGCAGUGACUAAUACAGAGAUUGGGCUUGCGAAGGAGAAACUUGGUGGGAGACUCUCCCAAGACUUGGUUUAUGAGAAGUGUCACAGCAAUGACUUCAAUGCAAUAAAGAAAUUGGACUUUGUUCAAUGUGGCCUAAAGCAUGUAGACCUCUCUCCAGUUAGUAAUCUUGACAAUCUAGUUAGUUUGAAUCUUGAACACAAUUCCCUCACGAGUUUCUCUGGCCUGAUACAUCUAAGCAAAUUAAAGGUUCUUUGUCUCAAUCACAAUCGAGUGGAGUACCUUAUCAGACCGACUGGCAGUGGACCCUCUUCAACAUCAUCAGGAGGAGGAGGAGGAGGAGGAGGUGAUCCUGUAAUGCAGAACCUACAAGUCCUUCAUUUAGCAUACAAUGGUAUCAACUCACUAGUGCCUUUGCAAUUGUACAGACUCCCUGGACUAAGAGCUCUCUUUCUACAAGGAAAUGAGAUCAGUCGUAUUGAAGGAUUGGAUGGACUCCAUCAUUUAACUGAGCUAGUCCUUGAUCGAAAUAAAAUAAAGUGCAUGCAAGAAAACUCACUCCAACAUUUGGUGACUCUUAAAGAAUUCCACCUUGAAGAGAACAGAUUGUCUGAUCUCUCACAUUUUGAAUCUGUGAAGAAUUUAGAGAGACUUUACCUAGGGAUGAAUAGGAUACAAGAUUAUAGCGAACUGGAGAAGUUAGGCUGUCUUUCUUAUUUAAUAGAAUUAUCAAUUAUUAGCAAUCCUAUCUCCAGAAGGAUGCAACACAGGUCAUUACUGAUAUACAAACUGCCUUCUUUACAAUCACUAGAUGGUGUUAUGGUAACAUCUGAUGAGAGACAAACAGCAGAAGCAACAUUCAGUGACAGAUGCCAACAUCAAGAUGAAGAUCAAGCAGACACUGCAUUACUACCAUCACUAACUAAUGCAGGACAAGUAAAGGUUAUGAAUGUGCCAUUGUACAUGUCAACUCACACCAGCAGACAGUCACAGGCUAUGGAGGCACGAGCACUUCACUUGCAAACAUUACAAGCCUUUCAGGAUAGAAGGAAAGGAAGGAGAUAGUACUUAUUUUAUAAUAAUAUAAUCAAGAAACAUUUUUAUUGUUUAU